UAUAUGGAAAACAAGUUGCAAUGCAAUCUCAAGUACAAAAAUAUUCGGAAGAAAAUUUCUUGAACAAUGGUAUUUAUAGUACUAUAAAUAAAAAUGAUAUCAUAAUAAAGAAUGAGUGGAAAGAAUUAGAGUAUUAUAUGCGAAAACAAAUAUAUUGGGAUUAUCUAUAUCAUCUUAUAGAAGUUUGUUUUGAUAAGAAUUAUCAGUCUGAUAAGAAAUUACAUAUUUGUGCAUAUAGAAUUAAAAAUAUAGCAUAA